AUGCCAGUAAACGACGCAAAGUAUAUCAAAGAAGUGUGGGCUGAGAAUUUGGAGGAGGAAAUGGCUCAUCUUCGUGAUUUGGUUGAAGAAUAUCCAUACUUGGCCAUGGAUACCGAGUUUCCUGGUGUAGUUGCAAGACCUAUUGGCACGUUCAAAACCUCGUCAGACUAUCACUAUCAAACUCUGAGAUGCAACGUAGACUUGUUGAAAAUCAUUCAAUUAGGUGUUACUUUUGCUGAUCAGUACGGUAAUUUACCUGGCAAUAUCUGUACGUGGCAGUUCAAUUUCAAGUUUAGUUUAUCAGACGACAUGUAUGCUCAAGACUCGAUUGAACUGUUGACCAAGUCAGGCAUUGAUUUCAAAAAACACGAGGAAUAUGGUAUCGAUGUGGAGCAUUUUGGCGAGUUGUUGAUCAGCUCAGGCUUUGUUUUAUUGGACGAUGUCAAAUGGAUAUCCUUUCACAGUGGCUACGAUUUUGGAUACUUGCUGAAAGUAUUAACGUGCUCAGUUAUGCCUGCCGAUGAAACAGAAUUCUUUGAGCUUUUGCAAACCUACUUCCCAUGUAUAUACGAUAUCAAAUAUUUAAUGAAGAGUUGCAAAAAUUUGAAGGGUGGUUUACAAGACAUUGCAGACGAUCUACAGGUGGCAAGGAUUGGUCCUCAACAUCAAGCUGGUAGUGAUAGUUUAUUAACUUGUACGACCUUUUUCAAAAUGAGACAAAUGUUCUUUGAAGAUAGAAUCGAUGAUCAGAAAUAUCUUGGUUAUCUGUAUGGUUUAAAGUGUAGUCGAAAUAGCACAUCUGUCCAAGCACUCACAGCAGCUACAAACAACUUAACACUAGCGAUAUCUGAUGAAUCAAACAGCAACACUAAUAAUAUCAAUAAUAACGCCAUUAAAUCUAAUGGAAAAUAA